UGAUUUUCAAAGGUUCCAUUUAUGGAAACCCAAGAUUUGCUCCACAACACUCAUCUCCACCCCAUGAUUUUUUUCCCUCGAUAAAUAUUCAUUUCCCAAUGCUCAAUGCCUUUUACAAAUGGCCUCUCGAAUUCUCCCUAGCGGACUCUCAACAUGAUCAAACAAGCCGCGGCGCAACCUCCGGUGAGGGCCAGACCGGAAGACAAGAAGGCUAGAGCCAAGAGGGCUCUCUGCUCUCUCCUCACAGCCAUCGCAAUCCCCCUUUCCCUCACCCUCUUCGUAAUCUUCAAGUUCGGUUCGGGCAAAAGGUACCGUGCCAUGGCGCACAAGCCGUUUUGGUUCCCCCCGCUGUGGCUUAUUCACCUUGCCUCGAUCGGGACAAGUUUCCUCAUGAGCCUGGCAGCUUGGCUCGUCUGGGUCGACCGUGGGUUCCACGUGAAUUCCAACGCUUUGCCCCUCUACGUUUCCCAGAUAUCGCUGAGCAUCGUGUGGGAUCCUCUGGAGUUGGUCAUGGGUGCGGUCGGGCUCGGAUUCUUGUUCUGUUUCUUGCAUUUUGGGACUGUUUUUGCAUGUUAUUGGAAUUUCAGGAAAGUGAAUCCCUUUGCUAGAGAUCUCGUUAAACCUUGUUUGGUUUGGUCCGGAUUUCUUACAAUAGUUAGUUACAAACUCCUAACCCUUUAAAUUUAGCGACAAAUCUCGAAGAAAUGUUUAGGGUGAAUUAGUGUGAUACAUCGAGAGUUAGAGAUGUGAAAAUCCUUUUAAAUUAAGAGAUUGUAAAUAUCUUAUGUUUAUUUAUUUUUGGAUUUAGGAUAUUCAUAUUGCAUGCAAGUUUUUGAAAGAUUUUUU